UAUCGCAUGAGUAUUACCCUUGCCAGGUUCAGGUGGUUAUUCCCGCACGAAUUCAAAUAUGUGGCACAGUGCUUGGCGGACCUCACGUCCACGGCAUCAUGGCUCAGUGCAUGGCUCGAGGCAGGUGGUAACAGCAGUAGUUAUUCGAUAGUGUACCAGAACCGCCGAGUGGUCACUGAAUUCACUGCUGAGUGCGCCUUGGUAAAGUCACGUUGCCUGAAGCAAACAGGUGAACAUGCAUUGCCUGCUGAGGCCACGAAGACGUAUUUCUUCCCUUCGGCCUUAUUGAUCUGGCUCUAUUGAACAUCCAUCAAAAUCAGCAAAAGGUCGGUCGCGUCCGGUCAUAUCGCAGGGUCACAUCCACAUUGAAUCUGCAGUGGAGUGGCUGAGUACCUCAGCUCGAAGGUUCGCACGCAGAUUUAGGUAGGCUUCGCCCCUCGGGUACGACGGAAUCGCGUUGGGUCAGCAAAACGGAACUCGAGUGCCGUAGUCUAUAAAGAAGUCCGCCUGCUCAACAUCAGUGGCUAUUCAUACGGUCAUAUCCACCUCAUAUUCAAUCUAAGUUGCCUGAUAAGUAAGAACUGACUGUUCGUCCGCUUACCCCCUCUUUGCAACUACCCCUCAUCUCAGAUCGAUUCAACGACAUCAUUCUAUACGACCUUCCUGCACCUUGACAACACCUAAACCCAUCCAUCACCUGCCUUAGGAGUGUUAGACAUAUCUGCACCAUGUCAGACCCCUACAACAACCAGUACGGUCAGUACAACCAGCAGUAUCCGAACCAAUACGGCUCGCCUGCCCCGAACCAGCAAGGUUACGGCGCACCCCCGCAACAAGGUGGCUACGACCAGGGCUACAAUCAACAACAGCAAUAUCCACCACCUCAGCAGGGCGGAUCUUACUACGGUGGAGAUCAAAAUCAGCAGCAUCAACAACAACAAUCACAACAAUAUCCUGGAUACGGUCCCCCCGCGCAAGGCGGAUUCCAACACGGCCAGAGCCCAGCGCCUCACGAUCAGUACAACCAGCAAGGUUCCUACGGCGCGCCACAGCAGCAACAAUACCCGGGCCAAGCACCCAACAACCAAUUCCCUCAGCAAGGCGCCUACCCCCAAGAGCAAUAUCCUCAGGGGCAACAACCCUAUGGUGCCGGCCCACCCGGUUCCCAAGGUUUUGGCCCAACCGACCCCAACAAUCAACAAGAGGGUGAUCGUGGUCUGAUGGGAGCUCUCGGUGGCGGAGCGGCUGGCUACUUUGGCGGCAACAAGUUAGGAGGUCACGGAAUUCUAGGCGCAAUGGCAGGAGCAUUCAUGGGUCACAAGCUAGAGGACAAGGCCAAGGACAAGAAAUGGGGGCAUUAAGCAUCACGGGUCCCAUGACGGAUGUGAGCUAUUGACGACUAUGACUAUAAUGGGUUUUGGGCUUUAUUCUACGGUAUUCUUUGACAUGCGAUGCGAAUAGCAUAUGAGAUAAUGCACGGUUUCGGUUUCUAGACUAUUGGCAGUCAUUAUGCUUCCUUUAUGAUGGCAAGCAUAUCCUGACAUAUCCUAAUGUUCAUUCGUUGUCUGAACAUCCAUCACUCCACCAUCGUUCCCUCGCUACCACAUGCCUCCCGAUCAGAGUACCUCUUGGCUAUCAACCGGGGUGAAUUCCAUGUACUCGGAGGUGGAAUAUCGACUAAUUAACUAUUCAACCAGGUCACCCUUCUACACCUCAUCUCAUCUGAGUCUCACAUCACAUACGAAACGUCGUGGAAAUGGAAACAAAUCUCGCCGAAUCUGGCUCUAACUAGCGCGCCGUCCCCAUUGAACUCCACCUGUAUCCCGUCCCGUGCCAUUGCUUUGCUCUCCCGUCUCAGAAAAAAAGGCGGCCAAUUUCCGCGUUUCUGCAGCAAAGCUCGACCCCUAAAUGCCGUAUACACUACUCUUUUUGCU